AUGGCUGAACAAAGACAAAGGUCUUUAUCUACCUCUGGAGAAGCAUUAUAUCAAAUUCUUGGUCUAGAAAAAGGUGCAACUCAUGAUGAAAUUAAGAAGUCCUACAGAAAACUGGCUUUAAAACACCAUCCAGACAAAAAUCCGGAAAAUCCCCAAGCUGCAGAAACAUUCAAGGAAAUCAACAAUGCUCAUACAAUACUGAGUGACUUAUCAAAAAGGAAUAUUUAUGACAAAUAUGGUUCUCUAGGCCUGUAUGUGGCAGAACAGUUUGGAGAAGAAAAUGUAAAUGCAUACUUCAUGUUGUCAAGCUGGUGGGCAAAGGGCUUAUUUGCUAUCUGUGGACUUCUGACUGGCUGUUAUCUUUGCUGCUGCUUUUGUUGCUGUUGUAACUGCUGCUUUGGAAAGUGUAAACCCAAGUCAACUGUAGAGGAAGAUUAUGAAUACUAUGUUUCUCCUGAGGACCUGGAGGAACAAAUUCGGACAGACAUGGAAACAGAUGGACUUACUACUAUUGUACUUCAGCCAACAAAUGCAAAUGAAAAAACACAACUGAUUGGAGACAGCCGUCGUACGUACCAAACAGACUCAUAAACUAGCAAAUCUACAGAACACUUUAGUGAAAACAUCAAGUCAAAAUCAUCAGCAAAACCUUUAAAAGAAACUGUUUAUUCUUCAUUUGCUUGUUUAACUUCUGUCUUUAUCAUUUAAAAACAUAAAAAGACAUAAACCAGCUCUUGUGUUUGUGUACCUGUAAAUGUGAUUGUCCCCACUCCCUAGGAAUACUAAAAGAAUGGUGUAACUUGAAAAUAGUGCAAAUCAAAUAGCUGGCUGCAAAUUUUGAUUUUUUUGGAGUGUGGGGCAAAGCUCGAUUGUUACACAAAAGCAAUAGGUGGUGUCCCUUUACAUUCUCUUUAUAUUAAAAGGACAUGAAACCCAAACAUUUUCUUUUGUGAUUCAGAGAAAGAAUAACAUUUUAAACAACUUUCCAAUUUGCGUCUAAUUUACUUCAUUCAGUUGUAUCCUUUGUUGAAGAAACAGCAAUGCAUAUCUGUGAGACUAUAACCUAAGGCAUAUAUGUGCAACCACCAAUACACAGCUCCUGAGCCUGUCUAAAUUUGCUUUUCAACAAAGGAUACAAAGGGAAUAAAACAAAUUAGGUAACAGAAGUAAGUUGUUUAAAAUUGUAUGCCUUAUUUGAAUCAUGAAAUAAAAAUUUUGGGUUUAUGCCCCUUUAAGAAUUUAUUAAAGGUACAUUAAAGUUGUUUCUUAAUAUUUGCAUAGCAUAUUAAUAAUUUAAUUGCAAAAGUUCUGCAUACACAAUAAGUGCUUUAAAAUAAUUUCAAACUCUCACUUUGUUAAGACAAUGUAGUGUUUUGCUGUCUCAGAUCAGUCCAGGAAUUAACCACUUGAAAACCCUAGUGAAUAUAUUUAUCUGAUAGCCUCUCUGGGAGGAAGAGAGAGGGACAGGUACAAUUUUCAGAGGUGUUUUGCAACAACGUUCUGCAAAUUAAA